CGAAAUUUCGUAUUCGAUGGUGAUCGCGUCGCGAGGGGGUGAGAAUUCGUGAUUUUGAAGUUUGAGGUGAACUAAUAACAUGGAGAAAGGGGAGUCCAGCGAGGAAACUUUGCCGACAGUUUACGGAAUUAUGAUCGCCUUCCUUACUUGCGUGGUUGGAUACGUUUUGUGGCCAACCAUUUUCGGCACUGUGGCCUCGGACCUAAACCCAAAAGAUGGCAACAGUCGAAGGAGCUUGCCACAAACACCAGCUGGCGGUGUGGGUGGAAAAGGAAGCGGAAGUGCUGGCACCGGAUCUGGUAUGGUCAAUGGUUCCGGUACCGAUCAUCAAGAUAUUCGUGACGGUGCUGCUAUAAACACAGAACACGCCUUGGUAUAUCGGGACGGGAAUCUGGUGUCGGGCUCGUUGGAAGCCCUGGUGCAGCAUAUGGUGCCCACCGAGGAAUAUUAUCCCGAUCGAGCUUACCUCUUCGCCUUUUUGCUGAGCGCCAGGCUCUUCAUCAAGCCGCACGAGCUUCUGGGCGAGGUCUGCGCCCUCUGCGAGCAUCAGCAAAACCUGAAUGGAGAGGGUGGCAAGGAACGUCUGCAACGUUUCGUGCCGCGACUGGUACAACUGCUCGCCGAAUGGACGGAAACAUUCCCGUACGACUUCCGGGACGAGAGGGUGAUGAGCCACGUCAGGUCCAUCACGCAGAAGGUCGCUGCGGUCGACGCUGCGGCCAGGCAGGAAGUUUCGGCAUUGCUGCAAAACUUGCUCCUCAGACUGACGGCCCUCGAGAGGUACGAGGAGGGUCUGGCCAGGCUGGCGACCGAGGCAACGACGGAGCAACUCGCCCAGGUGGACAUCACCGAGCUGUGCCCGUCGGCCACGGUCCUCGCCCAGCAAUUGACCCACGUGGAACUCGAGAGGCUCUCGUACAUCGGCCCCGAAGAAUUCGUCCAAGCUUUCGCCAAGGAAUCCCCUCAUCUGGAAACAUCGUUUAAGGAUAUGAAGAAAACGCGCAAUCUCGAAUCGUACAUCCAAUGGUUUAACAGACUGAGCUAUUUCGUCGCGACUGAAGUAUGCAAGCAUCCAAAAAAGAAACAACGAGUCCGGGUGAUUGAAUAUUGGAUCGAAACAGCCCGUGAGUGCUUCAACAUCGGCAAUUUCAACUCUCUGAUGGCGAUCAUCGCUGGUUUGAACAUAUCACCGAUAUCUCGUCUGAAGAAAACGUGGUCAAAGGUGCAACUGGCGAAAUUCUCGAUUCUUGAGCACCAAAUGGAUCCCAGCAGCAACUUUAGCAGCUAUCGCAGCACCCUGAAAGCGGCUAUGUGGCGUAGCGCCGGCGCUACGGACGAACGACAGAGGAUCGUCGUUCCCUUCUUCAGUUUGCUGGUCAAGGAUCUCUACUUCCUGAACGAGGGAUGCAGCAACAAGUUGCCAAACGGACAUAUUAACUUUGAAAAAUUCUGGCAGCUGGCGAAACAGGUUACGGAGUUCAUCGCUUGGAAGCAAGUUGCCUGUCCAUUCGAGAAGAAUCCACGUGUCAUUGCUUUUCUUCAGGCGAGACCGGUGUGGACUGAAAAUGCUCUAGCUUUGGCAUCGUUCGAGUGCGAACCACCAGACAACAAUCCAGAGAAAGAACGUUACAAAGCAUUGAAGUCUGAACUGAACGCUCAGUGAAAAAGAGCAACCAUACACCGCGUCGAAUGGGAGCGAUAUUGAGACAGAGGACGCGCUCUUUUAAAAUUUCGUUCCAAGCAUUAAUCAACCGAGAAUCUCUCCCGCGAGAAGACGUUAAGAGAAGAGAUACAUCGAGAAAGAGAAAGAGAGAAAGAGAGGGAGAGGGAGAGGAGAGGGAUAAAAAUAGCGGAGAACACUUGAAUCGUGAACGAGAUGCCUGCACGACGAUGAAAAAUGGAGGAAGAGGAGAAAAGAAAAUCCAGAAAAUGCGGCGAUUUGCUCGCGAUCGAUAAACGAUAGAACGAAGGGGAGGGAAAAAAAAAAAAAAAAUGAUUCAUCGUAGUGAUCUCGCGUCAUUUAAGGA